AUGAUGAGUAAUAGUGUUAGUCUACAAAAUCAGUUCGAGCAGGCGGUUACCAGUUACCUGAGGCAAUGGCCAGUAGUCGAGCUGAUAAUUUCUAAUGGUUUUGCUGGUAGCUUAACAAAUGAAAAAGUCGAUUGGUUAAUUACUACUGCCGUACCACAAAUAUUUUAUGAAAACGGAAACUUAUUUCCAGAUGAUGUCGAAUAUUAUCUAUCGCAUAUAUUAUUUCAUGAAUUUGACACUGUCGUGGAGGAUGGAAGUUUAUCGGAUACUUCAAGAAAAUUAAUAGAUCUGCAUGAUAUGUACAAGAAAGGAAAUGAAACACUUUUACAAGAUCAAAUAAUUUUAUAUAGUCAAACUGUAACACAACAGCAAGGCUCAGAAAUUAUUGACAGUAUGAAUGCGAUGCAAUUAACACAUGAUCCCUCUGUAGAGCAGAGUCGUACGGUAAAUCAGGCUGAAAGCAAUGCGAAUGUUAAUAAUACUGAUCAGGGAUUUGCUCAAAAUAAUGAGGAUAAUGAUGGUUGGCAAGUUGUGCAAUCUAGAAAGAAUAAGGAAAGAUAG